GAACAUGUUUGGUUUUUAUGAAAGCUCUUUAUCAUAUAAGGGUCUUAGGUUUAUAUUGCAGGUUUGGUUUCUUAUUACCAGCUUGUUAAAGAUUUGUUUUUGGCCUGAGAAUGCAGAUUCUAUUUUUCCCGUGUCAUUUGGCCAUUAUCUUACUCGAUCAGAAGACAAAAAUGGAUAUGCAAAGACCUUUGGUAUGGGAGUGAGAGUGCCUCGAUCUUGUACUAAACGGUGCGCCUUGAAGGAGGAGAAAGCAAAAAGAUUGAAAAUUGAACAACAGCAUGAAGAAACAAAAGAGAGACUCCAGAAUUUAGAAGAUGUAGUGUCAUUGCUUUUAAAUAGCCUGGGUUCAAAAGCUAAUCAAUCUGAAAUCAAUGACCUUACAACUGGUGGUAAUACAACCAUUGAGAAAAGUCGUGAUGAGGAUCGAUGGAACAAAGAUGAUGAACCUGAGAGUGAUGAACUUGAAGAUUUAUACAGUGACAAGCAUUAAAGCUUUGGACUAUAUCUUUCAUAUCGAUGCGUAUUUUAUUUUAGUUCACUUUGAUUGUUUAUACUUUAGCUUAAAUGAUGUUGGUUUACAUUCUAGUAAAUGGGUUAGUUGUAACCCUUUGAAAUGUUAUCGUAUUAUGUAUUGUUGUUAAUACAAGUAUGAAUAUUAUUUUUUAUCUGUCAAUGAAAUUAUUUAAUAUCACUUAAAUAGUUGGUAUUAGUAACAAUUAUAUUAAAUGUAAAUGUUGGUUAAAAUAAGCUAUUACCGACAGAAAAAAAUGUUUGGCUCACAGAUUUUUUUGUUAGUAAUAUAACUUUUAGCGACAGUUAUAAUAAAUGUUAAUGUUGGUA